AUGGAAGAGCUCAGAGGCUCAUCAGGACUUGUAAACAGCAGACAGAAGAGCUAUGACCACUCAAGGCACCACCAUGGGAGCAGCAUUGCUGGAGGGCUGGUGAAGGGGGCUUUGUCUGUUGCCGCCUCUGCAUACAAGGCCUUGUUUGCCGGACCACCGGUCACUGCACAGCCACUAGUUUCCGAAGAUCAGACAGCAGCCCUGAUGUCCCAUCUCUUUGAAAUGGGCUUCUGUGACAGGCAGCUAAACCUAAGGCUGCUGAAGAAACACAAUUACAACAUCCUUCAGGUUGUGACAGAACUCCUCCAGAUCAACAACAACGACUGGUAUAGCCACCGCUACUGAGGAGUGACCUCGUAUUAAACAACUUUGCCUGCU